GGUCGGGGCGGGAGGAACAAUGCCAAAGGGAAAGAGGGGUGGGAACUUAAGGCGGGGCGAGAGUGCCGACCGGUGAGCUGUCGUUGGUGGGGGGAAGCCGGGAGGGAGUGAGAGAGGAUAGGAUAGGAAGAGAGAAAGCGGACAGGUUCGGGAAUGUUAAUCAGAGGUGCACACGGGAGGGCGCUAGGACCGCGCUUCGGAAAGAUGCAGCUUUGGGGCCGACUGUGCCCGGGCUUGCCUGGAGGUGACGCGGCGGCGGCGGCGGAAGCCUCCGGCCGGGACGAAGCCCCGCAGGGAGAGGGGCCCUGACUGCUCUCUCAGGCCUCGCCUCGCCUCUCUCUGCGCCGCCCCUGACUUCCCUUCCCUCCUCCUGCCUGAGGGGUCGGGCCCCGGUCCGGGGGUGUCCAAUCUCUCCCCGAGCCUUGCGGCAACUCCCCAGCCCCACCUCGCAAUCCUCCUGCGCACCCCUGCGCGCCGGGGCCGGAUGGUGCCGGCCGCGGGGAGACCCGGCCGCUCAUUGGCUGCUGCGUGAAGGGGGCGGGGCGGCUGGGAGAUGCCCGGCCUCGGCGCGGCUCUGGGUGUUUCCCGCCAUGUCGUUCAUGGAGAGCGCGAAGCGCGCCUCUCUGCAGCGCCGCCGCCGCGGUACCCCAGUCCCUUUCGCUCGGCCGAGGGUGUCCGCCUUUACUCAGGGGGACAGUUGGGGUGAAGGGGAAGACGACGAGGAGGUAUUCGACCAGGUAGCCCGCGACCUUCGGGCGGAAUUGUCGGCGGGGGCGUCGUCCGAGCCCAGGAAGGGCGCGCUGCUCCCCCCGGAGCAGGAUGGUUCCCCGGUUCUGCCCGAUAAACGCAACGGCUUCUUCCUGGCGGAGACGCGCGGCCGGGCGCAGGCCCGCCGGUGGCCGGUCCAGGUCCUCUCCAUUCUCUGUUCGCUGCUGUUCGCCGUGCUCCUCGCUUUCCUUCUCGCCAUCGCCUACCUGAUCGUAAAAGAGUUACAUGCUGAGAAUUUGAAGAAUGAAGAUGAGGUAGACACGGGGCUAUUAGGAUUCUGGACUCUUCUUGUAAUAUCCCUGACUGCUGGGUUCUCCUGUUGCAGCUUUUCUUGGACAGUGACUUACUUUGAUUCUUUUGAGCCAGGAAUGUUUCCUCCUACUCCACUUUCACCUGCCAGGUUCAAGAAACUUACUGGACAUUCUUUCCACAUUGGCUAUAGCAUGGCAAUUUUGAACGGCAUUGUAGCUGCUCUUACUGUUGCAUGGUGCCUCAUGUAAACCUACACUGAAACAAUAUUCUUGGCAAAGCUUAGUCAAGAUUGCUUUGUAGUACCAGGGAAGAACAUCAUUGCCUACUCAGAAGACCAAGAAGCCUGCUGUUCGUUAUGUGAUUCAGAUGUCUGCCAUAUCAUCAUUAUGGAAGACCUUCUUAAGCAUCGUUCUAGAGUUUAGGCACUGGGUUAUCUGAAUAUUAAGUUUCAAGUAGUUUCUUAAAAUUAUAAGAUGUUUACCUUAUCACUUUUGUGUGUGUUAUUUUUCUAAGCUGUAGAAAGCAUUUUAAUGGAAAUCAAACUGGAAAACUUGAAUACAGCAUAUAUCUUUCCAUGUGUAUACUAAGAAAUGCUGAUAAUACUGUUUGAGAUAGUAGUAUCUUAAUUAUUACGUCAGGAAAGCAAACAAUGCCCACAACUUUGACAUUUUAUAGAAGCUACUUUUAAAUCGGAAUAUUUAGUUGUGUGGUUUUUUUUUUUAUAUUCAUAUAAUGAAUAGAUGGUGCAUUAAUAUAUUUUAAUGGUGCAUAGUUUCUUGUGUGUUUUUAUUUACAUAUUUCCUACCCCAUAUUAAAUUUGUAUGCUUUAAAAAUUAUUACAUCUAGACAAAUAUAAAUGUUAUUCUUUAACUGGUCCAAACUUAAUACCUACCAUUUUUAAAUAUGGCUUAUUUUAUUAAUUUUAGAGAGAGUGGGAGAGGGAGAGAGAGAGAAGCAUCAAUGAGACAGAAACAUCAAAAUUGAAGAGCUAGCUCCCUGUAUGCCCCCGAAUGCAGAUCAAGCCAGCAAACCUGGGCAUGUACCCUGACCAGGAAUCAAACCUGUGACCUCUUAGUGCAUGGGUCUGUGCUCAACCACUGAGCCACCCCAGGCAUAAAGUAUUCUGUCUUGAAGGAAAAAAAAAAAAAGCAUAUUGACCUUAGUUUAAAAUUAAGUAAACUUUUUAACAAAAAAAAAGUCUGAUAAAAGGAAACUUAUAUAAGCCAUUAAAAAAGGGAGAAAUUUGAAGCUGUUCACUUUCUGUUUCCACAAUUCCAAAUUUUUUCCUGGUGUAUAUAUGGUUACUUGAACAGAACUGAUUGAUUUUGGUUUUAAUAUCAACCCUGCUAGCAAGCACUUAAUAACUAGGGGAACUUUAAAUGAUACAUUUUAUAUCAUUGUAACCAAUAAAAACUUAAAAAGUUAACCUAGCAUUUUUAUAUUAGAAAUGUUUGAACUCAUUGGUUUAUUUAUCUCAAAAAAAUAUAGUCACCAAAAAUAGAAAAGGUAUUUUGAUACAGUGUAUAUAUAAUUUUCUAUAUAUAGUUUUAUAAUUUUCCUAUUUAAAUGUUCUUCUAUAAUUGUUUUUGUUUGUAUAGUAAUUAAGCCUUAAUUCCCAUUUUCUAAAUAUGUAUUUAGAAAGUCAUUUCAAUUUUUAAAAGAUGGACUAUUUAAAAUGCUGUUUUCCCUAUCCAUAGAAAAACUUAUAUUUAGGAAAGCAUUGUAAAGUAAGUAAAACUGGUUAUUCAGGCUAAAUGUGAAAUGAAUAUGUACAGUCUGUUUCUGUUGUCUGCUGAGUGUUGUUACUGAAUAAAUGAUUUAAUGAUGUUUCUAAAA